AUGAAAAAUUCUCACAGGCCCAUGUCAUACAGAAUAGAUUUCGAAGGCAGCUCUGAGAUAGGUGCAUACAUGACUCUCACCAAUACAUAUUGUGUGGUUGGGAGGAGUCAAUCGAAUAAUGUACUCAAGUUUCUUCAGGAGAAUGUUUCAAUUCCGAUUGUUGAGACAACCAUCAAUAGCAUUCGAAGUGUCGGAUCACAGUGUAGAGGCAACAGACAUGGGCUGCUUGUUCCGCAUACAAUAACAGACCAGGAGAUAAUGCACAUAAGGAACACUCUACCGGAAAAUGUUAUAGUGAGGCGAAUUGAGGAGAGGCUGAAUGCUCUAGGAAACGUGAUUCUUUGCAACGAUCAUGUUGCAAUUAUACAUGCAGACCUUGAUGAAGAAUCUGAGAAUCUUAUCAAAGAUGUCCUACAAGUUCCUGUCUAUAGGCAUAAUAUAGGACAUGAGCCGCUUGUUGGAACCUUUGGAGCAUUGAACAACCAAGGGAUGCUAGUCCACCCCCUGACUAACCAGGAAUGCCAAAAGGAGCUUAGUGAGCUUCUCGAAGUGAAUGUGAUUGCAGGAACGGUCAACGGGGGAAGCCCAUGCAUUGGAGGUGGUGUUGUUACUAAUGACUGGAUGUGUGUUGCUGGAGCCAAGACAACUAACGUGGAGAUGACAGUGAUUGAAAGUGUGUUUGAUCUUAGUGGAGACCAGGAUUUGGAAGCCCGAAGAAGAGCCAUAGUGGACACCAUUGUCAGAUGA